CCGUAAGUUUGCAACCUGUUGGUUGCGCAAAUACAGGCGCAGGCGCAGCUCAGGCUUGCGCGCGCAGUCAGUCAGUGAAUGGGAAACCACAUGGUGUAGUGAACAGUGAACUCGUAACAGUGUUGUGUUAUUUUCAGAUAUCAAUGACGCAACUCUGAGCAACAAUGGGAGUGGUAUCCGUGGCGUCUGCCGCCACUAAGGCAGCUCUUGCAAUCGGAGGCAUCAGCAAACUCUCCUUCAUACCCGUCAUGUUAGCAGCAAUGGCAUAUUUCAACUAUGAAAUCCUCGAUCCUGAACAAAGGCCUUUCAAUCAAAAAUAUCUUCGAGAGAAAUAUGACUUCGUGAUCGUUGGAGGAGGUUCUGCUGGAUCAGUCCUGGCUAACAGACUGUCUGAAGUCGAAGGAUGGAAUGUCCUGUUGUUAGAAGCUGGAGGACACGAGACCGAUAUCAGUGAUGUUCCACUACUGUCUUUGUAUUUGCAUAAAAGUAAACUCGACUGGAAAUAUCGCACCCAACCACAAGACACUGCCUGCCAAGCUAUGAUCGACAAACGCUGCGCCUGGACCAAAGGCAAAGUGUUGGGAGGCUCCUCAGUCCUGAACACGAUGCUCUACAUCAGAGGAAACAAACGAGACUUCGACCAAUGGGAAUCAUUUGGGAACCCCGGCUGGGGUUACGAAGAUGUCUUACCUUACUUCAAGAAAUCUCAGGAUCAAAGAAAUCCGUACUUAGCUAGGGAUACACGACAUCAUGCUACAGGUGGAUACCUGACCGUACAAGAUUCACCGUUCAACACACCUAUAGGAGCAGCGUUAAUACAAGCGGGAGAAGAAAUGGGUUACGACUUCAUCGACGUUAACGGGGCACAACAAACCGGUUACGCGUGGUACCAGUUUACCAUAAGGAGAGGCACUCGCUGUUCCGCAGCGAAAGCGUUCCUGAGGCCAGUCAGGUUACGUCAGAACCUUCACAUUGCCCUUUUCUCACACGUCACUAAAGUACUUAUCGAUAAGGAUACCAAACGAGCUUAUGGAGUUGAAUUUCUCCGAGAUGGUGUACAACAAGUCGUGUAUGCAUCAAAAGAAGUAAUUCUGUCAGCUGGUGCUAUUGGCUCACCACAAUUGCUGCUAUUGUCUGGCGUUGGACCUGCAAACCAUUUGCAAGAAGUCGGCGUAGAUGUGAUCCAUGAUUCUCCCGGAGUUGGGAAAAACUUGCAAGAUCACAUUGCCGUGGGCGGUAUCAUAUUCCGCAUCGAUCAACCAGUCAGUUUAGUAAUGAAUCGACUUGUCAACAUUAAUUCUGCUCUACGUUACGCUAUUACUGAAGAUGGGCCUUUAACUUCAAGCAUUGGAUUAGAAGUUGUUGCUUUCAUAAAUACUAAAUAUGCAAACGCUACUGAAGAUUGGCCAGAUAUAGAAUUCAUGAUGACAUCAGCUUCGACGCCUUCGGAUGGAGGAACACAAGUAAAGAAGGCGCACAGUCUCACUGAUGAGUUCUACAACGAAGUAUUUGCAGAAGUAAAUAAUCAAGAUGUAUUCGGUAUCUUCCCUAUGAUGCUAAGGCCAAAGAGUCGUGGAUUUAUCAAAUUGCGAUCAAAUAAUCCUCUGGAUUACCCAAUUAUGGUCCAUAAUUAUUUAACGCAUCCUGAUGACGUUGGUGUUUUGAGAGAAGGAGUGAAGGCUGCCAUUGCUGUCGGAGAAACGACAGCUAUGAAGAGAUUUGGAGCUAGAUUCCAUAGCAAACCCUUACCAAAUUGUAAGCAUUUGCCUCCGUUCACGGAUGAAUACUGGGACUGCUACAUCCGGCAGUACACCAUGACAAUUUACCAUUUAUCUUGUACGGCGAGUAUGGGACCUGCUACAGAUCCUAUGGCAGUCGUGGAUCCUAGACUACGUGUGUAUGGUAUAGAAGGUCUCCGUGUUAUUGAUGCGAGUAUAAUGCCGACAAUCACGAACGGCAACAUUAACGCUCCAGUGAUGAUGAUUGCGGAGAAAGGUGCUGACAUGAUUAAAGAAGAUUGGGCGACACAGCCAAUCAAAAAGCGAAGAACGCGACGCUCAGCCAAAUGCAGCAUGUUAGAACAACUGGGCUUAAAGAGCGAGCGAAUGAAGAGGUAUUGCAGGACUGAAAGAUGAUGGCGGUAUAAAAUAGACAAAUUAUAAGCCAUAUUUUAGGUUUAGAUAAUGUACAAUUUGAGAAUACCAAAAGGGUUGUAGCAGUGUAAGCUAAGAAAGACAAAGGAGUAGAUUAAUUUAUAGGAGAUUAUAAUAGUACCCUAUUCCUAAUAUUUAUAAGGGAGGUUUUGGAAUGUUUGACACUUA